CCCAACCAACAUAGAGAAUAAACAGCUCUCUAUGGUCAGGGCGUGACAGUACUAGAGAAUGUCAAUUUUUUUUAUUUAGAAUUUUCUGUCUCACUUUAAAAAAAUGCAGUGUUGUCUGCUUCAGUCCAACAUAAAAUAACAAAAAUAGUAUGGACCCCUCUCUCUAUUUGACCUUCACCUCAAUACCCCUCUAUUCUGCAGCCUGGCUGGCUACUUCACUAAGUAAGUAUGACUGCUCAGUAAGGCAGACCUGACAAGCUUCCUGCAGUACUGUGUCGAAAAGUUCCAGCUCACCGCCCUCAGAAGGUGAAGCAUGCUGUUCUGCAAAUCCAUAUUCUUCUCUGGGACAAUACAAAACAGUCAGUAUAAUGUCAGGAGACUCACCGUGUUGGCAACUGUCUUUAUGUCCUCUGUAGUAUCAUGGCUGCACCUCCCACUGCAGAGCUGGAGCCCCUGACAGACGGCCAGGUGUCGCAGACUGAUGAGCCUGAUAUAGGGAUGACAUACUCAGAGCUGUCUGUGAUUGGCCGGAUCAGGAAGAUCUCCAAGUGCGGCCCCGUACAGCAUGUCCUGCAAACUCAUCCGCACGUGGAGGGAGGUCCUCUCCCCUCCACAGGGGGCAGCCAAAGUGAAACACUUCUUCCAGAUGUAUUCUGUGAACAGACACAAAAUGACAACUGUGACACUAUCCUACCACACUGAGAGCUAUGGAUGGCCCCGAUGACAACCGCUUUGACCUCAGGCCAUUGCUCUACAACACUCGCUGG